AUGGCUAGGGACGACAGGAGGGGGAGAGACCGCGAGGGGGCGAAGCACAACGAGAAGGAAACCAGAGACAGAGACAGGGACAGAGACAGAGAGAGAGAAAGGGAGAGAGACAAGGAGAGAGAAAGAGAAAGAGAAAGAGAAAGAGAGAAGGAGAGAGACAGGAUAAGGGACAAAGACAGAGAAAGACAACGCGACAGGGACAGAGACAGAGACCGAGAAAGAGAGAGAGAGAGAGACAGAGACCGAGACAGAGAGAAGCCUCGCGACCGUGAGAGAGACAGAGACAGAGAGAGAGAGAGAGAAAGAGAGAGAGAGAGAGAAAGAGAGAGGGAAAGAGAGAGAGAAAGAGAAAGAGAAAGGGAGAGGGAAAGAGAACGAGAAAGAGAAAGAGAGAGGGAAAGACGCAGCCCCGAUCGCUUCCGGCGCGAAGCCCCGUUCAGCCGUCGUUCCCGAAGCCGGGAUCGGGAUCGGGAUCGGGAUCGUGUGGGGCCUCCUUUCCGGCGCAGUACAUGGCGUUCGGAAGGUCGUAAGGCAUACCGUUUUGACUCUCCUCCUCGUAUGGAUGAGGGGGAGGAGGGUGGUGGUGGAGCAGCAGCAGCAGCAGCAGCAACAGCAGCAGCUGCAUUUGCAUCGGUACCUGGUGCAGCAGCAGCUCUAAGCGGCGUUUUAGGUGGAGCAGCAGGUGCAGCAGGUGCAGGCGCUGGAUUGGGUACUGUAGGAGGGGCCCUAGGGGGGGCCCUCGGGGGUACCCCCGCACUUGGUUUAGGGUUGGGGGCCCCCGGUGCGUUGGCAGUACCAGGAGCAGCAGCAGCAGGGGCCCCUGGGGUUGGAGGCCUCGUACAGCUGGAUCCUGCAGCAACAAAGGCAGCUCGUGAGUUAUAUAUCGGUAAUUUACCUCCUAAUGUAGAAGUUCCUCAGCUAUUAGAGUUUUUAAAUGCAGCAAUGGCUGCAGUAGGUGGGGGCGUUCUACCGGGGCCCCCUGCUGUAAAGGCUUGGCGUAGCAGCGACGGGCAUUACGCUUUUGUUGAGUUUAGAACGAUGGAGGAGGCAUCUAAUGCAAUGCAAUUAAACGGUUUAAGUUGUCUUGGGUUUAAUCUUAGAAUAGGGAGACCUAAGACAUACCCGAUGGAGCUCCAGCAUAUCGUACCCGCACCUACGAUCCCGCUGCUGCAUCCAGCUGCUGCUGUAGCAAGUGCUAUCGUGAGCCAAAUAACGCAGCCGCAGCUCCCUCCAGGAGAGCUUCCGAGUGUUGCUGUUAAUCCAAAGGCUGCACUUGAGGCUGCUCAAGCAGCAGCAAGAGCAGCACAAACACAGAACGGAACGGAAGGUCCUCCUCAAACAGACAAACUCUGUGUGCUGGGUUUACCAGCAACGAUGGCUGAGGAAAAGAUCCGUCAGUUGGUGGAGACGUUCGGGCCCUUAAAGUCAUUUGAUAUUCUCAAAAAAGACACUGACGAGUCGCAGUUGGUUUGUGUUAUUGAAUACGCCGAUGCGGAUUCGCAACAACAGGCGAUGGAGAUUUUGCACACAAAUUCUCCCUAUAGAGUUGUAACAGCAGAACAUGCAAUUAAUGAAGGAGCAGUUUCUUCCUUUUUGAAGGAAAAAAUUUCAAUGGUUGGCUCCGGAGCAGCCCCGCCGCUGCUGAGACCCCAAGUCUGUACACGCGUUCUUGUUCUCCACAACAUCGUUACACCUCAAGACCUUCAAGAUGAAGACGAAUAUGCAGAUAUCGUCGAAGACAUUCGUUUAGAAUGUGAAGAGUGCGGAGGCCGAGUAGUAGAUGUACAAGUACCCAGGAUAUGUAAAGACCCUUGUAUAGACCCUAGACAUAUUCAUGAUCUGCCUGAAGAAGAUGAAAAAGAAAUAAAAACUGCAGAAAAACAAGAAAAUUUACCAACUACACAAGUCAAGAGGGAAACACAUGACGGUGAUACUGCAGCAGCAGACAGCAGCAGCAGCAGCAGCAAGAACGGGCAGCAGGAGCAGCAGUCGUCAGCUGUGAAAUCUGAGAGCGAUAGCAAAAGCAGCAGCAGCAGCAGCAGUGCUGCUGAUGAAGAUGAGGUUGUAACAGAACAAAUGGUGCUGGAUGCUGUCUCUGGAAAGACUAAAGUGCUGCCGCCGAUGGUUGGCUAUGCCUAUGUUGCAUUUGUUGAUUGCGAGGCCUCAGCUAACGCUAGAAAGGCAGCAGAAACAGCACCGCCGGCAACAUCAGCGGCGAGUGCAGCAGCAGCAGCGACUGGUAUAGCAACAGCAGCGACUGCAAUAGCAGCAGCAGCAGCGACUGCAAUAGCAGCAGCAGCAGCAGCAGCAGUUGCUGCUGCAACAGCAGCAGCAAACUGA